AUGACGAUCAACCCAACCGGAGACAGAAAAGUCGAAACAAAGGUCGCAUCGACAUCUGCAUCGUCCCCAUCACCCUCAGAUGUCAUCGCACCUAACAGAGUACCAUGGUACUCGUAUAUAUGGGACUAUGAGCCCGAUCGAACACACCAGGAACGCGUCUUCAUCCGAAAACUCGACAUCUAUCUCAUCACCAUUCUCUCUUUUGGUUACUUUAUCAAGAAUCUGGAUCAAACCAACAUUGCCAAUGCUUUUGUUAGCGGCAUGAAAGAAGACCUACACAUGAACGGCAACGAGAUCAACCUCAUCGAUACAGCCUGGACAGUCGGAUACGUUGUGGGUCAGAUACCGUCACAGAUCAUCUUGACAAAGGUCCGGCCAAGUGUUUGGGUACCGAGUUGCGAACUGGUGUGGACAAUAUUGACGUUCUCACUGGCGGCUGCUAAGACAAGUAACCACGUCAUUGCGAUUCGAUUCUUCAUCGGUCUGGCUGAGUCGAUCUUCUAUCCCGCUGCGCAUACUAUCUUGGGGAGCUGGUAUAAGCCUAGUGAGUUGGGUAAGAGAGCUUGUAUCUUCCAUGCUUCCUCGGCGGUUGCAAGUAUGUUUUCAGGAUAUCUUCAGGCUGGGGUGUACAAGGGUCUGAACGGCGUACACGGAUAUGCGGGAUGGAAGUGGCUUUUUAUCAUGGACGGUGUGAUCAGUGCCCCAAUCUGUUUGGCGGGCUUCUUCUUGAUUCCCGAUCUUCCAGAGAACACUCGAGCCUUCUACCUUGAUGAAGACGACCGCGCCCUCGCAAAGCAGCGCAUGCUGAGUAUCGGUCGCGCUCCACGAAAGAAACUCGGACGAUCGGCAUUCAAGCGCAUUUUCGGUCGUUGGCACGUCUAUCUUCUUACGAUUCUCUACAUCAUCUUCAUCAACAUUGGCCCGUCUGCAAGUGUGAACCCAUUCUCACUCUGGCUAAAAGCACAAGGUCUUUCGGUAUCUAAGAUCAAUAUCAUUCCGACAGGCGCGUCAGCAGUUCAACUAGUUUGCACCGUUUCUUUCGCUAUCAUUAGCGAUGCCAUUCGACGACGAGCUCCCCUCAUGACCCUUGCAUCGUGUCUGGGUCUCUUCUCAGUCAUAUGUCUCGCUAUUUGGAAUAUUCCGGCAGGUCUCAAAUGGGUAGCUUUCUUUCUACAACGAGCGUCUGUUCCGUAUGGGCCGCUCAGCAUCUCUUGGGCGAACGAGAUAUGCGGCGCAGACGCAGAAGAACGUGCAAUUGUGAUCGGCAUCAUGAACUCUAUGGGUUAUGCGUUCAAUGCUUGGGUACCAAUCUUGACGUACCCACAGGUGGAUUCGCCGAAGUUCCGGAAGGGAUUCAUCUUCUCCAUCUGUGCUUUUGUAGCUCAGUUAGCAAUCACUGGAGCGAUCGCAUUCAUGUGGAAAAGGGAUGGAAAGAAGAAGCAGAAGGAAAGUGAAGGUGAUGAAGAGGGCUCGAGAGACGCAGCUCUGGCUGUCACCACUCGAUAA